AUGUCCUCUGGGAUCUAUUAUAAAGGACUUCAAUGUUGGAUUCCUGAUAAAGAACGGCAAUGGUCACCCGGAAUAGUCAAAAGCUGUGCAAUUGAAUCAAAUAAAGCAACAUUAAUUGUUGAAGAUGAAGACGGCAAUGAGACAACACUUCCUGCGAAACCGGAGGAUUUAGAAGAGGAAGGGAAAAAUGGCUUGCCUUUCUUGCGAUCCAGUCUUUCUGAUCCAGACGACUUAACGAAUUUGGCAUACUUGAAUGAACCGUCUGUCCUUGAUGCAUUACUGACCAGAUACAAUCAAUUGCAAAUUUAUACCUACUCAGGAAUUGUUUUAAUUGCCUUGAACCCUUUUCAGUCUUUGCCAAAACUUUACACUCCUGAAGUUGUACGGGUUUAUUCCGAAAAAUCUCGAGACCAGCUUGAUCCGCAUUUGUAUGCUAUAGCUGAAGACAGCUUCAAGUGUAUGAAUCGAGAAAAGAAGAAUCAAACAAUUAUUAUUUCCGGUGAAUCUGGUGCUGGUAAAACAGUUUCAGCUCGUUACAUCAUGCGUUAUUUUGCUUCCGUUCAAACAUUGAGUGAUCCUAGUAGUAGUGGUAAUUCGAAUUCGGAUCCAGUACAGCUGACGGCAGUCGAGAACGAAAUUUUGGCUACCAAUCCCAUUAUGGAAGCUUUUGGGAAUUCUAAAACUUCUCGAAACGAUAACUCUUCCCGAUUCGGAAAGUAUAUUCAAAUCAUGUUUGACAAAAAUUCUAUCAUUAUUGGCGCUAAAAUACAAACAUAUCUUUUAGAACGGUCCCGUUUAGUUUUCCAACCAAAGUCAGAACGAAACUAUCACAUAUUUUAUCAAUUAUUAGCAGGUGCUUCUCCAGAACAACUAGAAGAAUGGCAUCUUUCUUCUAAUGUUGAUGACUAUCAUUACUUGCGUCAAGGUGAAUCGCAUACAAUAAACGGUGUUGAUGACGCUAAGGAGUUCCGAGAAACAGUAAACGCGCUUAAAACAGUAUCCAUCAAUGAUGAUACUUCUAAAAGUAUUUUCAACCUGUUAGCAGCAUUGUUACAUGUUGGUAACAUAGAGAUCAAGGGUUCUAGAAACGAUUCAUAUAUCGACUCCAAGAAUGAGCAUUUACUGAAUGCUUCAAUGUUAUUGGGUGUUGACUCGAGUUCCCUUACUAAAUGGUUGACCAAACGGAAGAUUAAGAUGGCUUCGGAGGGUAUUAUAAAGCCUUUAACUGAUUAUCAAGGAUUGGUAGUUCGCGACUCUGUCUCCAAAUUCUUGUACGCAUCCUUAUUCGACUGGCUUGUUGCUACGAUAAAUACUGCUUUAAUGGAUUCUGCAGUAAAGCAAAAACAGAUAUCUGAAAGCUUUAUUGGUGUAUUAGAUAUUUACGGAUUUGAACAUUUCGAAAAAAAUUCGUUUGAACAAUUUUGCAUUAAUUAUGCCAAUGAAAAACUUCAACAAGAAUUCUAUAAACACGUUUUUAAACUUGAACAGGAUGAGUAUGCUAAUGAAGGUCUUAAUUGGUCUUACAUCGAUUACCAAGACAAUCAACAGUGCAUUAGUAUGAUUGAAAAUAGAAUGGGAAUACUCUCACUUCUAGAUGAGGAAUGUCGAAUGCCUACAAAUAGUGAUGAAAAUUGGGUCACGAAAUUGAACGAUGCCUUCGAUAAACCAGAAUUUAAAAAUAGUUAUAAGAAGGCUAGAUUUGGCAAUAACUCUUUCACUGUUAGACAUUAUGCUCUUGACGUAACUUAUAAUGCUGAAGGAUUCAUUGAAAAAAACAAAGAUACUAUAUCAGAUGAAUUGAUUGAUCUUUUCAGUGAAUCUUCAGUUCCGUUUAUUAAAGAUUUAGUGCAAUUUCGCUUGCAACAAACUGCUUCACAGGAGUCUGGUGCACCGAGUAAUAAGAGAUCAAAAACAAAGCCGAAAAGCAAUACUUUGGGUUCGAUGUUUAAGAAUUCCCUCAUUAGUCUAAUGGGUACAAUCAACGAGACUAACGCUCAUUAUAUUCGAUGCAUAAAGCCUAAUGAGCAAAAAGAGGCCUGGAAGUUUAAUAACGUAAUGGUCACAUCUCAACUGAGAGCCUGUGGUGUAUUAGAAACCAUCAAGAUAUCCUGCGCUGGUUUUCCAUCACGGUGGACCUUUGAAGAUUUUGUCUCCCAAUAUUAUAUGCUUGUUCCUUCGGCUGACCGGUCUGAUGAUCCCUUGGCUUUCUCAACGGCCAUCUUGGGUAAGACUAUUGACUCUACCAAAUAUCAAAUAGGUAAAUCUAAAAUCUUUUUCCGUUCUGGUGUUACUCCACAACUAGAGGCCGCAAAGGACCGAGCGUUAAAACAUGCUGCUCAACUUCUCUACGAUGUGUUCGCUACGAACUACUAUCGUACACGAUUCCUUAACUUACGAAAACGUGUAUCCCGUUUUCAAGCAAUGGCCCACGGUUUCCUAAGUCGUCGUACUACUCAAGCUGAAGUAAUUUCAAAAAGUGUUUCCAUCAUUUCAUCAUUGUGGAAAACGUAUAUAGAGAGAAAAAAGUUUUUAGAGGCCAAGGCAUCCAUUGUUUUGCUUCAGUCUGUCGUUCGUGGUUUCCUAUUUCGUCGAAAUCAACGAGCAGGUAAAAUGGAACAGGCCGCUGCUACCAUAAAAAACGUUUGGAAAACUCAUCUUGAACGACAGUCUUUUAGGAAGCUUAGACAUUGUACGAUCCGAAUACAAUCAUUGAUACGUAUGAAAUAUGCCAUGGGACAACUUGUUGAGCUUCGUAUAGAAUCCAAAAAAGCAAGUCAUUUCAAACAGGUUUCAUAUAAGUUAGAAAGCAAACUGUUUGAUAUGACAAAGAAAUUAGAUAAGUCGGAACAAGAAAACACGAAACUUAAAGAUAGAAUAUUUGAACUGGAGUCACAUUUGUCAAAUUAUGCCGAAGCUACUUUGUCAAAGGAGCGUGAAUUAGAGCAGACACAUGUACUUCUGUCAGAUCAUUCUCAAGAUCAAGAGUACAAGUCAGUUUUAUCUGGAAAAGAAAAGGAGCUGUCUGAUUUACGAAAUUCUAUCGAACAAUACAAGGAUGAUAACCAGGAGUUGCUUCGUAUGAACACCACUUUAAAAGGUCAGCUAGGAAAAGAUGCAGAGGUUAUAUCCUCUCAGACUGCUGAAAUCAAGGACAAAAAUAGAAUAAUAGCGAAAUUAACGAAGGCCUCUAAAGUCCUCAAUUCUAGUUUUGGCUCUGAACAGACUCGUGCAUCCGAAGAAAAGUCCAGACGAGAUAGUUCAUUGACGGAAAUGCGUACACAGAAAGAAUUGCUGAUUUUAUUAAUGAAUGAUGGGUUAAAGCAUGAUUUGGAUAAAUUGACAGAGUUUGCCGGAAGAACGUAUGUUUGGGAAAAAACUGUCAAGUUGCUUAAUAGAAGCGAAGAAGAUGAGAGUAAACCACAUUUGUUUUUGGCUAAAGCAUUAUUCAUCAUUAUCUCUCAGAUGUGGAAAACUAAUUUAUCUGAAGAAAGUAUUGCUUUAAUUGAACGUUAUUGCGUCCAUAUACUGGAAUAUAUUUCUCAGAGGACACAAAUAAGGAGAGAAGUACGUGCUGAUAUGGGUUUCUGGAUUGCCAAUACUCAUACUUUGCUCUAUCUCGUUCGCACCAAGUUGUAUGGACUUAAGCGUUCGUCUUCCUUGACGUUAUCCUUUAGUGAAUCUUACGAUGCAAUCCAUACUGUUUUCGACAUGUUAGGUUCACACUUAUCAAGGAUUGUUUCUACGUGGAUUGAUCAAAUCACCGCGGCUUUAAGGCCUUUGAUCGUUGAUGGAAUCAUUAUUAGUGGUAACCAAAUUGAUAAAGGAGAAAAAAGGCUUAUUCCAAGGGUUUUCGAUAAAGACGUGAAGUCAAUUGAACAUAUACUGCAUAUCCUCAAUGAAGUACACGAUUCUUGUCAAACCUAUCGGGUAAGUUUAGCUAUAUUCGCAUGCGUAAUAUCCAGUCUUUAUCGAUUUAUAGAUGUUGAGGCCUUCAAUGCCUUGAUGACCAAGGAAAAAGGUAGCUGGAAGCGUGGUGUAAAUAUGUCGUAUAACUUUUCUCGUUUAAGAGAGUGGUGUACACAACGAGGAGUUGUGGAGGCUACGCUUCAGUUGGAAGAAAUUAGUCAGGCUUCUAAAUUCUUGCAGACCUGUAUGAAUAAACAAAAGAUUCUGGAUAAUGUAUCCUUGCUAUGGAUUUUGAAUAUGCAACAGUUGAGAAAAUUAUUAGACAAAUAUGUUGCAGAGACCUAUGAAUCAAAAGUACCCAAAAAGGUUAUGGAUGAAUUAUCUAAUAUGGCUCGAGCCGAAGGACUUGAUCGACCUGAAACAAUCACGUACGAUAAAGUGAUGUAUGAGUUAAAUGAUACUUUUGAAGAAGAGCCUUCUCUUGAGCAAGUAACCAUUCCUGUUGAAUGUAAAGUUACGUAUAUCCAACGAAUUAUUGAUCUUGCUAGUGCGGAGGAGAGUUUCGACCAAGCGGUGUUAACUUUGCAUGAUAAUUCGGUUGAAUCAAAUCCGUUUGAAAACCAGGAGAAUGAAUUGCGUGACAUUGGUAAUGGAGUGAAGACAGAGUAA